AUGAAGCAACAUUCGUCAUCUCCGCCAUCUUCCAUCAUGAAGCAAUUUCCUCCAUCUCAGCCGCCUUCCACCAUGGAUCAAUACUCCCCAUCUUCCCUACUCCCAAAUCCAAAUCCGCACCGCAUCGCGCGCCCGAUAUUUUCAAGGGUCAACUUCUGCGAACACGUCUUUGAUGCGAUUGAGAUGCUGUACCUCGAGCGCAAGGACAGACGUCGAUUCGAACACGCACACAUCAGGUUCCUGCAGUGGGCUAAAUUGAUUCGUAUCUGGCGUAGCCAAGGUCAAAAUCUCGACUCAUUGCUAGAUCCAUCCAGGAGACCGCUUCGGUCCCAGAUAGAAAACCAUCUGGGCAAUGUCCAGUCUUCCCUGGUGUAUGCUCUUAACUCAGCCAAAGACGUUUCCGUUCUUCCCGAUGGUCAUUUCGAUCCCUCUUUUCCCAACAUCGAAUCGUCACUUACACAACUAGAAGAAUUUACCUACCACUUACUAAUUUACACCCCAGCGGGGCUCGGGUGUCGAGUGGCCGCGUACCGGAGGAGACGCGGGAACCCCAGGUUCGUCCGUGACGUGGUUGAGUUCAUUCGGGCCGAUUUUCCUUAUCUAAAGCCGGCAAUCGUUUCGAAGGAGCCUUGGUGGUGUAAUCUGGGUCUCAAUUGGCUCGUCUGCCCUCAAACAGUCCAGGACACGGCGUCAGACGAUGAGCCUGCUGGCCUGUUCAAAGCUUUGGCGGAUGCUAUCAUCUUCACACACUACAAAACACUCUACGAGCAGGACUAUGGUGAGCAAGAGCGCAGGGAUGCGCAGGACCCUGAGAUUGCGUCUAUGAGGCUACCCGUCGAGCAGAGCAGUGUGCCAGUAGACUGCACCCCAGAAAACCAGUCCGACUGUCCCAUUUGCGGGGAGACAUGUUGCAGCCCUUCUUCAGGCAAUCUGAACCCGACUGAGUACGUCGCCCAGCACUUACCACUACUUUCACAAUCAUCACCCCGCUAA